AUAUUUUGUUCCAAAUAUAUAUUUAAUCAUAACUUUAAUAUUUUAUUUUAUAAGAAAUUAAUUAAUUAUUAUAGGACUAAAAUCAAACAAUCAUUCUCUUAUCUUGCAGUGCGAUUUUCAGACGAAAUCCCUAAUUCCGUGUUGGUCUUUUGAAUUAAUAUACCAAUGGAGCAUUUAGAUGACAGGGAAGUGUCAGAAAAUAAUGUUGAUGAAGUAGAAGUCACUAAUAAUACUCCAUUGAUUUGUGGUCUUCCAGAUGAUAUUUCUCUUUUGUGUCUGGCAAGAGUGCCUAGAAAAUAUCAUUCGGUCCUGAAGGCUGUUUCAAAAAGAUGGAAGGACUUAGUUUGCAGCGAAGAGUGGCUUUAUUAUCGUAGAAAGCAUAAACUUGAUGAGACGUGGAUCUAUGCUUUGUGCAGGGAUAAAUUGGAUCAUGUUUACUGCUAUGUUUUGGAUCCUACCUCGUCAAGAAAAUCCUGGAAGCUCAUUCAUGGGGUUCCACCUCACGUAAUGAAAAGGAAAGGAAUGGGUUUUGAAGCUUUGGGAAAUAAGCUCUUCUUAUUGGGUGGCUGUGGCUGGUCUGAAGAUGCUACUGACGAAGUUUAUUCAUACAAUGCUUCUUUGAACUUGUGGGUUGAAGCUGCUUCCUUGUCAACUGCUAGGUGCUACUUUGCUUGUGAAGCAAUGGACGAAAAACUAUAUGCUAUUGGCGGCAUUGGUUCAAAUUCAAGUGAUCCUCAAUCUUGGGAUACUUUUGAUCCUUGCACAAAUGGUUGGACAUCUCACAGAGAUCCUAAUAUCGUUCCCGAAAUUGAAGAUUCAAUGGUUAUGAACGGCAAAAUAUACAUCCGAGGUGGCGAAUCUCCUUUAACACCUCAUGUGUAUGCCGUUGUAUACGAACCAUCAAAUGGCACAUGGCAGCAUGCAGACACCGACAUGGUUUCAGGAUGGAGAGGUCCUGCAGUUGUUGUUGACGGAAUCCCUUUUGUUUUGGAUCAGAGUUCGGGUACUAGGUUGACGAUGUGGCAUAAAGAGAGACGCGAGUGGAUACUGGUCUGUAAGUUGUCACCUUUGCUUACAAGACCACCCUGCCAACUUGUUGCAGUUGGUAAAAGCAUUUAUAUUAUUGGAAAAGGGCUUAGCACUGUGGUUGUUGAUGUUGGUGAUAUUGGAAAUAUGGGAAGGGCGAUAACAGGUUCUUCUAUACCGAAAUUAGUCUCUGAUUACAAUGUAAUUAGUUGUAAAUGCUUAUCAAUCUGAAGAGUAAAUUAUUUGUAUUAUAGUGGUGUUCAGAUACACGUAUCAUUGUUGCAUAAUACUUUUUUUUUCUUCCUUCUUUCUUUUGUAUGAUGAUUGUAUUAAGGUUUGAACUUAUAUGAAAAACUUGUUGAAAACAAUCCAAACCUGUCACCACUUGUGACAAUGUCUCAUGCAAA